CCAUAAUUUUGACAAAAGUGAAAUCAAGAACGCGUGCAUCAACGUUUUUAGUUACAAAAAUAAGUUGCUGCUGUCAAACGCUAAAAAAUCAGAUUAUACUAACCACUCAUCUCCAAACUCAGAUUUUCAGUGUAACCUGUCUUAAAUUGAAGAGUAUCUCUUGGUAAAAUGCUAGUACACAAUCAACAGAAAGACUUUCUAAAUCAAGAAAACUCUUUAAUUAGCUUUUCAACGUCUAAUCUGUCCACAUCCAUACAAACCGUCCACCCUCAUUAAAACGAAUAUCAAAUUAUGUUAGGGGUGCAUUCAGGUAAUGACAUCACGUCACCCUAUUUCUAUUUUCAGCUCAAGUUUUACAGGUUUAACAAAAAAAAUACAUUUACGGCUCUAAAUUGUUAUGAUCUCAUUAAACCUCUCUCUUAACGUAAAUUGUCCUAUACCCAAACCACUUGCUCGAUUAUGCAGCCUAUAAAGCCCAGGCAUCUUUUCAACAAUACCACACAGUCCUUGAUUUACAAUUUCAAGGAGGUCCCCAUUCAAAGCAUGUUGGACUUCGAUUACGUUUCUAGGCGCUCGAUUCCAAGCAUUGCAGGCCUUAUCAAACCCGGGUGCUCCAUGGUCAUGCACCAUAAGAUCUUCUUCGGGCAAGAAGAAAUUAUGUUACCAAUUUAUGGUAGUAUAUCCAAGGCCAUCGAAUGCCAGCCUCAGGCUAAAGUCUUCAUAAACUAUGCAAGUCACAGAUCCGCCUAUGAUUCGAGUUUAGAAGCUCUCCAGUACAAUACAAUUCAAUGUGUUGUCAUUAUUGCCGAGGGUAUUCCAGAGUCACAGUCGAAGCGUCUGCGUAUCCUGUCCGAAAGGCUGGGAAAGAUUGUGAUUGGCCCAGCUACCGUUGGCGGACUGCAAGCCGGGGCAUUCAAGAUUGGAGAUGCUGCAGGGAGUAUAGACAACGUCAUCGAGUCGAAACUAUACAGGCCUGGCAGUAUAGGUCUCAUUACAAAGUCGGGGGGACUUUCGAACGAAAUGUAUCGUUUGCUGAGCAUUUAUACCAAUGGAAUUUUUGAAGGCAUUGCUAUUGGCGGUGAUGCCUAUCCUGGAUCUACUAUGUUGAGUCAUGCGCUAAGGUUCGAGACAAUACCAGAAAUCAAGAUGAUCGUCAUAUUAGGUGAGAUAGGAGGAACCUCGGAGCUAGAAGUAGCUGAAGCCAUAAAAAACAAACGAAUUACCAAGCCUGUUGCCGCGUGGGUCACUGGGACAUGCGCUAGCCUGUUCCCUACAGAAGUGCAGUUCGGCCAUGCAGGCGCUAAGUCUGGAGUUGCUAAUGAGUCUGCACAAGCAAAAAACCAGGCUCUGAAGGAAGCUGGUGCUCUUGUGCCAGAUUGUUUCAAUCAAUUUGCCUUAUUAAUUGCCAAGGAAUAUAAGCGCCUGGUUGAUCAAGGUACAAUUAUUCCCGUACCAAUAUAUAAUCCGCAAUUCCUGCCAGAAAAUUACGUCAACAUGAUGCGCGAAGGCAGAAUUCGUAGAGCAACUGGAAUUGUAUCCACCAUUUGCAACGAUCGCGGCGAUGAACCUACAUACGCUGGCAUUUCUGUUUCGGAGAUCAUUCAAGAACAAAUGUCAAUUGGCGACGUUAUUUCGCUGUUGUGGUUUAAAUGCCGCCUUCCUCAAUAUGCCACUCGCUUCAUCGAAAUCUGCAUGAUUCUAGUAGCCGAUCACGGCCCGUGUGUUUCGGGAGCCCAUAACACGAUUGUCGCCGCUAGAGCAGGAAAAGAUAUAGUUUCUUGCUUGACAUCUGGACUUCUGACCAUUGGGCCUCGCUUCGGCGGUGCUAUUGACAACGCAGCACGCCAAUUCAAGCACGCCUGCGACACCGGUAUACCUCCAGACGAAUUCGUAGAGAGCAAAAAAGCGGAGGGCCAACUGAUCUCUGGAAUUGGGCACCGAGUUAAAUCUCAACACAACCCCGACCGCCGCGUACAAAUUUUGAUAGAAUACGCCACCAAGUCAUUUUCAUCGCUCAAAUAUCUACAAUAUGCCCAACGAGUCGAAAACUAUACCCUGAAAAAAGCCAGCAAUUUGAUACUAAACGUCGACGGUGUAAUCGCCGUCCUCUUUCUCGACCUCAUGAACUCUUGUGCCUCUUUCGACAACGAACAAAUAGAAGAAAUGAUCGAAAUUGGGUUCUUCAACAGCCUCUUUAUAUUGGGCCGCAGCAUCGGGCUUAUUGGUCACGCACUGGACCAAAAACGUCUAAAACAGCCGUUGUAUCGCCACCCAUGGGAUGACGUUAUGUACUAUCCUAUCGCGGAGCCCAACACCAAAAAGAAAGAAGACCAGAUAGGAGGACUCCGAGUCAACUUAUCAACACCAAACUUGCAAGACCUUACGUAGAACACAAGCAUAUACACCAACACUGUUUACAAUAAAAAUAGUUUGCCGAUUUUGCAGUUGGCUAAAAAAGUUCUACUUUGUCUUGUACAGCAGACCUUGGUAUUCGCAUAUUGUUGACCUCAGUUGGCUUUAAUCAGUUUCCUUAUUGCAAAAAAACAUUCCUGUUAAUAGAGAGUUUUGCGAUGAACUACUCCUGAGCCGCAUUCACGUUCAGCAUCUGCUUCUGAGGAAAAGCGUGUGUACGCUGGGAGUUCACACAAUUUUGUUUGAUGCCUAGACGUUUUGACAUAUUUGGUGGUCACAAUGCCGUUAUUAAUUUCACUCCAUCAUCCUGUUUUUGCGACCGUCCUCUUUUUGCUUGCAGUCUGCUGGUAAUUCGAUGCUGCCAAACUGAAACCAUAUAACCUUUUCGUUUCUAUUCUGCUAUAUGUUAAAACCAUCGAGACUUGACGCCCGGUAGCUAUGGAAAAACUCCACAGACGUAUUGUAGACGUCGUUCGCAUAUGAAUUCUACGUUAUAGUAGAUAAAAAUAGAGAGGUCGAAUGUAGGUUUGUCUCUUUUAUAAAAUUUCAAUUUUUUGUGAGA